AUUUGUUAUGAAGAAAUGGAUCGAAUCAAAUCAAAAUGGUCAACAUCGAAAUGGUCGAUAAUAAAAACUUUUAUACGUUUCUUAAUAUUGAUUUUGAUUUCAAUAAAUUCAUGUCGAUCAAUAACGAUUGAUGAAUUAUAUCCAUUUGGUGAAUCAGUUGAUGAAUCAUUGAAUAAAGAAGCCGAUACAUUUGUUGAAAUUAAUCUAUCAAUACCGAUUGCUUAUUAUCAGAAUUUAUUUCCAUCAAUUUUUGUCAAUGAUAAUGGUUUGGUAUCAUUUCUUAAAGAAAUACCAAUAUUUUAUAAUGCACAAUUUCCAUUACAAUAUCCAUUCAUUGCUGUUUUGUAUUCGAAUGUUGAUAUUCGUAAUCGUGGUUCGGUUUAUUAUCGUGAAACAAAAGAAUCAUCAUUAUUAGAUCGUUCAACCAAUGAUGUUCAACGUUAUUUUAAUGAUGGAAAAAAUUUUCGUACACAAAGUUUAUUCAUAACAACAUGGGAUAAUGUUGGAAGAUUUGAAAAACUUUCCGAUCUUGGAAAUACUGUUCAAUUGGUAAUAGCAUCUAAUGGCACGGAUAGUUAUGCAUUUAUAAUGUAUCCUGAAGAUGGUAUCCAAUGGUUAACCGGUCAUGAUAAUAUUGAAUAUCUACAACAUGCAAUGACACAAGUUGGUUUUAUGUCAAACGAAGGACGUUAUUAUAUAAUGCCUGGAUCCGGUACUGAACAGGUGAAAAAUUUUCCAAGAAUGUCAAACAUAAAUCGUCGUGGAAUUUUUGCCUAUCAUAUUGGUAAUACUGGAUAUGGAAAUAUUAUACAACCAGAUCAUGAUUAUGAAAAUUCAUUAGAAUUAAAUGAAUUAGAAACAUGUACAAAUACACGAUUUCCAUGUAUACCAUCAGCCGAAUGUAUUGAAUUUUCAACAGGUAUUUGUUGUCGUUGUCGAUCCGGUUAUUAUGGUAAUGGACGAAGUUGUUUACCUGAAAAUAAAAAUAUUCAGAUUAAUGGAAAAAUAAGUGGUGAAAUUAACAAUGUUAAAUUGGGUGAUUCAAAUAUGAUACAUUUUUAUGUAGAAACAAAAGAUGGUCGUGUUUAUUCAAGUGUUAAUUCAAUAUUGGCCGAUCUUGGUUAUGAUUUACAAUCAUUAUUGAUUGCAUUAGGACAGAUUGUUGGUUGGUUAUUUGCAAUUCGUAUGGAUAAUACACCGAAUGGUUAUACAUUAACAGGCGGUAUAUUUAAUCGUAGUGUUGAUGUUGUAUUUCAACAAACUGGACAUCAUGCAAUUAUACGUGAACAAUAUCUUGGAUUAGAUGUAUUCAAUGUAUUGGGUGUUAAAGUUGAUGUACGUGGUUCAUUACCAACAAUACCCAGUGGUACAUCAUUACAUAUGGAUAAUUAUCAGCUAGAAUUUACUAAAGUUUCACCUGGUGUAUUAAAAUCACGUAUGACUGUAUCAUUUAAUUAUGGACCAAAUACAUUAGAUAUGCCAAUGACAAUCGAUCAAACUAUAACAUUUGAUGAAUGUGUUAAUGAACCAAAAUUUAAUGAUCAACAACAACAACAAAUAAGUCGAUUGAAUAUUAUACGUAAUCAUAUUGAUUAUGAUCAAGAAAAUCAAGCUGCACGUUAUGCAUUUUAUGAAUCACGUAUAUCACAAUUAUCCGAACAGAAUCCAUGUUCCGCAAUACAAUGUGGCCAAUAUAGUACUUGUAUUGUUGAAGGUAAUGAUUAUCGUUGUAUUUGUAAUCGUGGUUUCGAACAAAUUUAUCAGGAAAAUGAUUCGAUCGAUAAUAAACGACCAACGUGUGUUGAUAUUGAUGAAUGUCAUACUCGUACUAGAGUAUGUGAUAUGAAUGCAAUAUGUAUGAAUGAAUUGGGAAGUUUUCGUUGUCAAUGUCUUGAUGGUUAUGUUGGUGAUGGUUUUCAAUGUCGUCCAUAUGAUUUUCCCGUUGAAAAUGAAUGUAAUAAUAUUCAAUGUGGACCAAAUUCUGAAUGUUUACCAACAAAAAAUCUUGGACCAAGAUGCAUUUGUAAAGAUGGUUAUUAUGGUGAUGGUAUUGAUUGUGAACCAUUACGUAAUGAUAUUGAAGAUUGUCGUUCAUUGAAUAUAUGCGAUAUGAAUGCAGAAUGUAAAGCAAAUCGUUUACUUGGCCGUUAUAUGUGUAUUUGUAAAGCUGGUUAUCGUGGUGAUGGUAUUGUUUGUACUGAAGAAUCAGAAUCAUGUGAAAAAUUAAAUAAUUGUGGAAUGAAUGCUGAAUGUAUAUCGGAUGAACAAAGUAAUUUUAAUUAUUAUUGUUCAUGUAAUGAAGGCUAUGUUGGUGAUGGUUAUACAUGUAUUGCCGAAAUUAAUUCCGAUGAUUGUAAUAUGUUAAAUAAUUGUCAUCGUAAUGCUAUCUGUACAUUGGAUUUAGAAAUGAAAACCUAUCAAUGUCAAUGUAAAUCUGGUUUCACUGGUGAUGGUUAUAAAUGUGUUAAUUCAUCAUUUGUAAGUCCAUGUGUUGGCCUGGAAGGAUGUUCACCAAAUGCUGAUUGUGUAUAUGAUUCAACAAUGGGUACGAAUGUAUGUCGUUGUCGUUCCGGUUUUGUUGGUAAUGGUGUACAAUGUAACCCAAGUAAUGUAUGCCAUCCAAAUGAUAAUAAUUGUGAUCCAAAUGCACAAUGUUUAUUCAACGAUAUGACCAUGAAACAUGAAUGUCAAUGUAAAUUAGGAUUCUAUGGUGAUGGUAUUCGUUGUAUGAUGGAUGAAAAUGUUGAUUGUAGUGUGGUGAAUGAUUGUGAUCAUAAUGCAACAUGUGUUAUUGAUCCAUUAACAUUAAGAUAUUAUUGUAAAUGUAAUGCUGGAUUUAUUGGCGAUGGUAAACAAUGUAAAAAACAUAUUUCCUGUAAUCAAUUGAAUACCUGUGAUGUAAAAGCUGAAUGUAUAUUCGAUACUGUGGAACAAUCAUAUCGUUGUCAUUGUUUAGCCGGUUUUGUUGGCGAUGGUUAUUCAUGUCGUCCAUUACGUUCAUGUCGUGAUGAUCGUUUUAUUUGUGAUCGUAAUGCUGAAUGUAUCUAUAAUGAUCAUACAAGAGAAUUUGUUUGUCAUUGUCAUUUAGGUUUUAUUGGUGAUGGUUAUCAAUGUGCACCUGUACCAAAUAUCGAAGGUGAUUAUAUUCUAUUCGCUCAAGGAAUGAGUGUAUUACGAAUGCCAAUCGAAAUGAAUGAACAAAAACCUGGUCAACCAUUAUUUAUACGUUCAGAUCAAACAAUUGUUGCAAUAGAUAUUGAUUGUCUGACUGGUUUCAUUUAUUGGAGUGAUCUGGUUAAAGGAAAUCUUUAUAAAGCAACCAAUAAUGGAACAUCAGCUGAAAUUAUUCUUGAAGGUUAUACAAAUGCACCUGAAGGUAUUACUAUUGAUUGGGUUAGUCGUAAUAUUUAUUGGACUGAUUCAUUUAAACGAACAAUUGAAGUUGCCAAUCUUGAAGGUACAUUACAGAAAACAUUAAUCGAUACUGAUCUUAAUAAUCCACGUGGUAUUGUUGCACAUCCUGGUACGGCUAAACUUUAUUGGACUGAUUGGAAUCGUCAAACACCUAAAAUUGAAUAUUCCGAUCUGGAUGGUAAACAUCGUAAUCUUUUAAUCAAUACGGAAAUAAAAUUACCAAAUAAUUUAGCUAUCGAUUAUGAUCGUGAUGAAUUAUGUUGGACAGAUGCCGGUCUUGAACGUAUCGAAUGUAUUCAUUUAAUGAGUUUAAUUCGUCGUGUUGUUUAUGCACAAGCAAGCUAUCCAUUUGAUUUAACUGUUUCACAUCAGAAUAUUUAUUGGACUGAUUGGAAAACAAAAACUAUUCAUGAAAUCAAUCGUAAUGGUGGUAUACCAAGAACAUUAGACAUUCCAAUGGGUGGUUAUGGUUCAUUAUAUGGUUUGGUUGCUGUUCCACAACAUUGUCCAAGGAUUUCAAAUGCAUGUGCUGUACGUAAUGGUGGCUGUAAACAUCUUUGCCUACCAAAUGAUCAUGGCCGAUCAUGUGUUUGUCCGGAUAAUGCCUAUCAUGAGGAUGAUAUUUGUAAUGAAAUUUAAUUCAAUCACUAUUCAACACAAACAUUUUUAUUUGAAAAAAAAAUUUACACAAAAAAACCUUUUAAAUCAGAAAAAAUAUAUCUUACAAUCUCAUUCAAUCUAAUACAUUGUGUUUUUCAUUGAAAAUCAUUGAUAAAAAUUUUGUUUCUU